AUGGAGGUCGCAGCUCAAAUCGCUCAGCUGCUGAACGAGACUCUCAGCCACGAUUGCAGCGCCGUCCGCACAGCGACCGAAGCUCUCGAUCGCCUCUCUCAGCUCCCCCAAUUCCCUUACUAUCUCCUCUCCAUCUCCACCGGAGGUCAAGAUCAAGGUCAGAAAGUUGCUGCGGCUGCAUACCUGAAAAACUUCACUAGGCGAAAUGUCGACUGUGAUAAUCCGAAUUCAAAAUCAAACGUCAGCAAGGAGUUCAAGGACCAGCUCUUGCGAGCUUUGCUGGAGUCCGAACAAUCAGUUGUCAAAAUUUUGGUUGAAGUGUUCUGGAUCAUUGUUGUUGCUGAGUUUGUUAAGCAGAAUUCGUGGCCCGAAUUAGUACCUGAUCUGCGGUCGGCCGUUCAAAAUAGUAACCUAAUUAACAAUGGUGCAAACUCCCAAUGGAACACCAUUAAUGCCCUUACGAUUCUUCAGACACUCCUUAGACCUUUUCAGUAUUUUUUGAACCCUAAAGUUGCCAAGGAGCCAAUACCGCCACAGCUAGAGCUAAUUGCAAAGGACAUUCUUGUGCCCUUGUUAACUGUAUUCCAUCAAUUUGUUGAAAAGGGUUUGGGUACUCAUGGCACAACAAAUGCGGAAACAGAGAAUGUCCUUCUGGUUGUCUGCAAAUGCAUAUAUUUUACUGUGAGGUCGCAUAUGCCAUCUGCUUUAGUGCCUCUACUACCUUCAUUUUGUCAUGAUCUAAUUGCCAUUCUUGGAUCUUUGAGUUUUGAUUGCUUGGUUACUCCACAAAAUGGGUACCUGAUGAGGUUGAAGACCGGGAAAAGAAGUUUGCUCAUUUUCUGCAUUCUCAUUACUCGACAUCGGAAGCAUUCUGAUAAGUUGAUGCCAGACAUGAUAAAAUGUGUUUUGAACAUAGUCAAAUAUAGCAAAGAUGUUGGUAGGCUGGAUUUUUUAUCUGAGAGGAUUCUUUCAUUAGCUUUUGAUAUGAUUUCACAUGUUCUUGAAACAGGGCCAGGAUGGAGAUUAGUAUCCCCACAUUUUUCAUAUCUGUUGGACUCUGCAAUAUUUCAAGCAUUGGUAAUGAAUGAAAAGGAUAUCUCAGAGUGGGAAGAAGAUGCAGAUGAGUACAUACGAAAAAAUCUUCCAUCUGACAUUGAAGAAAUCUCUGGCUGGAGGGAGGAUCUAUUUACAGCCAGAAAAAGCGCUAUUAAUUUAAUUGGUGUUAUUUCAGUGUCAAAGGGACCUCAAUUGGGGACUUCUGCUAAUGGCUCAUCAGUGUCAUCAAAGCGUAAAAAAAGUGAAAAGAACAAGAGAAACAACCAACGCUGUUCAAUUGGAGAACUUUUGGUGCUUCCAUUUCUAUCGAAGUUUCCAAUUCCUUCUGAUGUUAAUUCAUCCCAAACUAAAAUUCAGAAUGAUUAUUUUGGUGUUUUGAUGGCAUAUGGUGGCUUGUUAGAUUUUCUAAGAGAGCAGCAACCUGCAUACGCAACUACUCUGGUUCAAACUCGUGUGUUACCAUUGUAUAAAUUAGCAGUGAGCCUACCGUACUUAGUUGCCACUGCAAACUGGGUUCUUGGAGAGCUUGCAUCCUGUCUACCUGAAGAGAUGAGUACAGAUGUCUAUUCCUCAUUGCUCAAGGCAUUGGCUAUGCCUGAUAGUGGGGAUAUUUCUUGUUAUCCUGUGCGGGUUUCUGCUGCUGCGGCUAUUAUGGGACUUCUUGAUAACGACUACCCACCGCCUGAGUGGCUUCCUCUCCUUCAAGUUGUCAUUGGUAGGAUUGGCAAUAACGAGGAAGAGAGCUCUAUUUUGUUUCAGCUUCUCAGUUCCGUGGUGGAGGCAGGAAAUGAAAAUGUUGUAUUUCAUAUCCCCUAUAUUGUUUCAACAUUGGUUGUUGCAAUCUUGAAAUGCAUCCCCUCUGAUCUGAAGCCAUGGCCUCAAAUGGUUGAAAAGGGCUUUGAAACAUUAGCAGUGAUGGACCAGUCUUGGGAAACUUUUACGGGUGAAGAAUCUGAGGAGAAUGAAUCAAGUGAAAAGUGGGUAUCAGGCAGAGUUACCAUCGCUAGAGCUUUCUCUGCUCUCUUGCAACAGGCUUGGCUUACACCAAUGCAUUCAUUGGGUCAGGAAGGUGAGGCUCUGCCCCCUCCAUCUUGCUUGGAUUCUGCAUCAAGAUUGCUCCAAUCCAUCAUGCUAUCUGUUACUGAAAGUAAUGUACUUCUAGAGCUUAAAGUAUCAGAGUUGUUAUUAGUUUGGGCUUAUCUGAUUGCCGACUGGCAUGCUUGGGAAGAAUCAGAGGAUAUGUCAGUCUUUGAGUGCAUUACGGGAGUUGUCAGUCUACACAGGAAAUAUGAGUUGAAGAAUUUUAUAGUGGGACGAAUGCCAUCUCCUCCAGCUCCACCUGUUCCUGAACGUUCCAUAAUAGAAGGCAUUGGUACUUUCGUAAGCGAGGCCGCUUUACACUAUCCUAGUGCAACAUGGGAGGCUUGCUCUUGUAUUCAUAUACUACUACAUGUCCCAAGUUACUCGUCUGAGACAGAAGGUGUGAAGCAGUCAUUGGCAAUUACAUUUUGUCAGGCAACAUAUUCCCGUUUCCGAGAAGUUAAAAGCAAGCCUGGUCCUCUCUGGAAGCCUUUGCUGCUUGCUAUAUCAUCAUGCUAUUUAUGUUAUCCUGAAGUUGUAGAGGGUAUUUUGGAGAAGGAUGGAGAUGGGGGCUUUGAAACCUGGGUAUCUGCCCUUGGACUUGUUUCCACCAGCUCUUUCAAACCUGGACUAUCAACAGAACCCGAGAUAAAGUUAAUUGUGCUGGCACUGGCGAAAGUAGUUGAACGGCUGUUGGUACUUGGAAAGUCAUCUGGUGCUUUGUUACGGGAAUGCUUUACUUCACUGAUGGAAGCAUCUGUACGAUUAAACGAAGUGAGGAAAGAGCAGGAAGAAGACGGAGAAGAAGAAACUGAGGAUGAUGAUGAAAUCGAAGAAGAAGAUGAUGAUGAGGAUUCGGAGGAUGAUGAGUAUGAAGAGACUGAAGAAGAAUUUCUGAAUAGGUAUGCUGAAGCAGCUCUUGCCUUGGAAAAUGGCACAGGUAUCGAAGAGGGUGAUAUAGAAGAUGAAGACCGGGAAAUGGAUUUUGAGCAAGGCUGCCUAGAGGAAAUUGAUCUGCAAAGAGUUGUAUUGUCACUUCUGGAGAGAUACCACCCUAUUGUCAUACAAGGACAGGCAUUCCCGCCACAACUGAUUUCGAGUUUCCUAGAUGCUUUCCCUCAAUGUAGGUCAUUCUUCCAGCAUUCUAGUUGA